AUGCCCUCCAACACAAAACGGAGGGUGACCGCUAGCGAGAGCUCGUGUUGCUGGCGGCUGUCUCUGUUCGCAGCCGUGUGUGGUGUCGCGUCGUUACUAGUACACACAUACAGAUUUGUGGACAGUGCCGAUAUUAACGAGAGACUUAGCUUGGAAGGAAGGGCUGUCGACGUCCUCAAAGCCACGCUGGAGGAGAGGAUCGACGAUUACGUGUUGGAGUUGUGCAGGACGCACCGACUGAAGAGGGAGGCAAUGCUGAAAGCUUCAGUUGUCCACGAGGAGAACACAGUGGCGCCACACGUGGAGUUCUUCAACCCGAAAAUGAGAGGGGAGCUCGAGGACAAGGAUGCUGCGGAGAUGAAGCGCACCGGUGCCAAGGGACCAGCACCAGGAGGCGACUCUUGGGUGUGGCUCACCAGCUAUUCGAGAGUUCCAUACAAAGUCGUGCAGGGCUUCUGCAAAGCGACGCAGGACUAUUGCCCUCCAGGCGUUCCAGGACCAAAGGGCCCCGUCGGCAACAGAGGUCCCAUUGGUCCGCCAGGAUUAAAAGGUGAACGUGGUUUCCCUGGCAACCCUGGCCUCGACGGUAGAGACGGUGUGCCAGGGGAGCCAGGGCUGGACGGUCUAUCAGGCCGAAACGGAGCUGAUGGUGCCCCAGGCAGGGACGGUCGCGACGGCAUGCCCGGGAAAGACGGUAGCCCUGGAAAGAAUGGAAAGGACGGUAAAGAUGGCAGACCUGGAGCCACUGGCCCUCCUGGUGGGCGGGGUCCUAAAGGCGACCGAGGUCCCAUAGGGCCAAAAGGGCAGCGAGGCAACGACGGCCGUGACGGUGCCCCAGGCCGACCUGGCCUCUCCAUAUACAACUACACGAAGGAAAAGGAUCUGUUCAUCCCACCAACGUUCUCUCAGGACCACACGAGGGUCAUCGUUCGGGAAGGGGACACACUUCGCAUAAGCUGCAACCCAAUGGGACGUCCCGAUCCAACUAUCGAAUGGCGCAGAGUUGAUAACAACGCUAUAAUACAGGGUCCAUGGCGGGACGCGUCAGUCAGUGGCCACCUCUUGAACAUCCCCAACGUGUCUCGUUGGCAUACAGGCAAGUACGUAUGCACGGCGAACAACGGAAUGCUACCGUCCGCCAAUCAAACAACCGAUGUCGAAAUUCACUUCAGUCCUUACAUACGGGUCCCGAACAACAUUGUCUACGUUUUUAACAAGACUGCCAAAAUCGAAUGUGAGAUUCAAGCAUGGCCAGAACCAGUGCUGGCGUGGGAGAUAGACGGAGUCACCAUCGAGGGCCCGCGAUACAGGACCGAAGUGGUGAGCACCGGUGACCCAUGGCGAUGGAUCAUGCGGUUGGAGAUUCCGGGCAUAAGGGAGCACGACCUGAGGCAGUACAGUUGCGUGGCCAAGAACGAACUCAAUAACCAAACGGUUAAGGGUCAUAUUCGACUGAUGUAUCCCGGUCCCAACCACCAUAAUCUAGUGGAGCAGCCGAUGGAGUUUGGUUCCAGGCCUCCGCCCUUCACGUCGUACGAAGAGCUCUGUAAGGUUCAGCGUUGCCCCACCUGCCCCAGAUGCGACCGCGCACAGUUGCUCAUAUCCACUAUGAACGCCACUGCCGGCUUCAAACCCAGAAGGAACACUAACUGCCAACUCUAUGCCAUUGGGAAACCGGUUUACCACCGUUAUAAAGACGAAUUGUUCGGAGCCUGGUUGAGGGAUUCCAAUGCCACUGAGUCACAGAGGGAGAAGUUAUGGACAACUCAAGAGAGCGACGUUGAAAGGCUGCGAGAGUACCGAACCAAGGCCAGCUUUAAAGCGGAUCACGUUGACGAGUACCAUAAACUGCAGAAGCCGUUCUUCGGGAACGGCCACAUAGUCUACAGCGGUUCGUUCUUCUACCAAGCGAACGAGUCGGGCCACCCAGGGGACAUAAUACGCUACGACCUGACCCAAAGCCGAAUCAAGUCCGUGCAUUUACCGCACUCAGACGGGCGCCUGUACACCGCUCAGCACAACCAGGUCGAUUUCAGCGCUGACGACAACGGUCUUUGGGUUAUUUACUCGAUUGAAGAAUCCAACAACACUGCGGUCGCGAAGCUCAGCUUCGACCCCAACAAAGACGAUCUGAACAUCGACUACAUAUGGAACAUAUCGCUGAAUCACAAACAGGUGGGCGAGAUGUUCAUCGUGUGCGGUGUACUGUACGCGUUGGACUCCGCAACGGACCGGGAGAGCAAGGUGUCGGUGGCGAUCGAUUUGUACCUCAGCAAGCCACUGGAGGUGUCGCUGCAGUUCACCAACCCGUUCCGGAAGACCACGCAGCUGGGAUACGACCAUAUACACAAGGAGUUAUAUUCAUGGGAUCGUGGAAAUCAACUCACUUAUCCUGUUCGCUACAAUGAAAUGCCUGGGCCU